AGCAAAAACUCGUCGCUUUCCGAUUUAUGGUCUUUUACUGGCUUACUGCUCUCUCACGAACACGAACUAACCACCCAGCUAUUACGUUGUUUAUUAUUGAAUUGUAGGUGUAGAUGAAAAGAAAGAAGAAAUGCAGAGUUUACAGUGGUCUCAUCUCAUGUCUUGCUCUUGUCCUUGAAUGCCUCCUCUUUAGUAGUAGUACUAAUUUGUACAUACUAAUCUCUUCUUCUUCUUCUUCUCAACCCCGCUAAAUUUAGCACGACCUUCUUCAGACUUCAAUUCUUUAUUCAAUCAUUCACUAUUUUUUAUCUAAAAUUUCUUGCUUGUAUUUGUUUCUCCUUCCUUAACUCUGAAUCCGUCCUCUGUAAUUCACUUCUCAUUCUUGAGCUUACAACUCUGUUUUUAUCCUUCUGAAGUUUCUUCUCCAAAUUCGUGUGUUGUUGGGUUCUUAAUUUGAUUUUACUAAAAGCUGCCAACUUUGAGUAGUUAUAUUCAUUGCUGCAUAGUUUCUGCUUGCCACGAUUUACAUUAUUUUUGUCUGAGACUUGUAUCCUGGUUCUGUUUUUUUUUUUUUUGUUUGAAGUUCUAGUUUUUACUGAAGCAGCUUCUAUGAAGCUUGUGAAGAUCUCUUUCUCGAUUCUGGUCUUACUUCUGAACCUACACUGCUCGUUUUCGUACCCUGCUCCAUUGAAUUGCUCAGACACCACCCGCCUCUGCACCUCAUUUCUCGCAUUCAAGCCAAAUCGGAUCCCAACUCAGCCCCUGAUACAGAGCAUGUUCGAUGUCUUGCCGGAAGAUGUGACGGUCGAGGGGGACAAUCGCGAUUAUCUAUUCAUCAGGAAGAACUGUUCCUGUGCUGCUUCUGCUAAGAAGUACAUGACCAAUACAACUUUCACGGUGAGGGAGGAUGACGGAUCUGUCUACGACAUGGUCAUAGAGGCAUACGGAGGACUUGCAUUUUUGCCCAACUCCACGCGGAGCGCGCGCGUUGGCCUUGUGGUCUCCUUGCACCUGUUAUGUGGGUGCUCAAGCGGGUUGUGGAAUUACUUGAUGAGCUAUGUAAUGCAAGACGGGGACACGAUUGAGUCCUUGGCCAGCAGAUUUGGAGUGAGCAUGGACAGUAUAGAGGCGAUCAAUCGAAUUUCCAAUCCUGAUAAUGUUUCUGUUGGGACCGUUUAUUACAUUCCACUGAAUUCGGUUCCUGGUGAGCCUUAUCCUCUGGAGGACAUUUCUCCCACUCCUGGACCUGGACCUGCACCUUCUGUUUACACUUUUUCAGCAAAUAAGGUGAAUCAUAAGGCUCAUUUUCCAUAUUGGUGGAUUAUAGGGAGCUUAGCCGUCGGCCUUCUGCUAAUAUUUGUGUCCAUAUGUAUCUGUCUUUCAUUCAAGUCAUCGAUCUGCUCUGCCCAAGGCCCAGGAAAUCAUGAAAAAGAUCCUGAUGGAAAGAUCCCUCAUAAAUUCCACAUUCUUCAAACAAGUUUCUGUUGUGCUUCAGGGAGGUCCAUCUGCUUCAAUCCAGGGAACUAUAGGUCAACCAACUGUGAAGUUAGCAAUUACCAAAUAAAUAUUCCUAAAGUGAUGGGGCCUGAUCUAUUUGACAUGGACAAGCCUGUUGUUUUCAUGUACGAAGAAAUACUUUCUUCAACUGAUGGUUUCUCUGAUUCAAAUCUACUUGGGCAUGGAACAUAUGGCUCUGUCUAUUAUGGACUUCUUCGGGAGCAGGAGGUAGCAAUCAAGAGAAUGACUACAACAAAAACGAAGGAAUUCAUGGCAGAGAUGAAAGUUCUAUGUAAGGUUCAUCAUAAAAAUUUGGUAGAAUUGAUUGGCUUUGCAGCUAGUGAUGAUGAAUUAUUCCUUGUUUAUGAGUUUGCUCAGAAGGGUUCUCUUCGUAGUCAUCUACAUGAUCCUCAAAACAAGGGUCAUACAUCUCUGUCUUGGAUUAUGAGGGUUCAGAUAGCACUUGAUGCUGCUAGAGGUUUGGAAUACAUUCAUGAGCAUACCAAAACACAUUAUGUCCACCGUGAUAUAAAGACAAGUAACAUCUUACUUGAUAGUGCCUUCAGGGCAAAGAUUUCUGAUUUUGGGCUAUCAAAACUUGUUACAAAACCUGGUGAAGGAGAAGCUUCUGCAACAAGAGUUGUGGGAACUUUUGGUUACUUGGCGCCAGAAUAUUUGAGUGAAGGCCUGGCAACAACCAAAAGCGAUGUUUAUGCAUUUGGUGUUGUUCUUUUUGAGUUAAUAUCAGGAAAGGAAGCAAUUACACGAACUGAAGGCGUGUUGAUGAAAAAUCCUGAAAGACGAUCAUUGGCAUCUAUUAUGUUAGCGGCUCUUAGGAACUCUCCCAACUCAAUGAGCAUGUCAAGCUUGAAGGAUUGCAUUGAUCCUAGUUUGAUGGAUUUGUACCCACAUGAUUGUGUAUACAAGAUGGCCAUGUUGGCAAAGCAGUGUGUAGAUGAAGAUGCCAUUUUACGACCAGAUAUGAAGCAAGUGGUGAUUUCCCUUUCACAGAUCCUCCUCUCCUCUAUAGAGUGGGAAGCAACACUUGCUGGGAACAGCCAGGUUUUUAGUGGCCUUGUUCAGGGAAGAUAAAUUAUGGAUCAGUUUCUUUUCCAAACCACUAUUGUGACAACCUUGUUCCACUUAACAUUUUCUCUUCUGUUGUAUGUGUGCAUAGUAGGCUAGUAGCCAAAGAGAUCCACUCAAGUGGCUCUCUACAAUUGAAAUAUUGUAUUAUUUUAUGAUAUCAGCUUUUUGUGUGGGAAAUUUUGAUGUGACAUAAGAUGUACUAAGAGCUGAAGAAGGGUUUGGUUGCUUUUCUUAGCUCAUGCUAUUUUGAGUAUGUUGAUAUCCAUCAGUACUGCUGUAUUGUUUCCCUUUUCUGAUAUUCUCUUAUGGAAUACAGUGCAAAUUGAGAAGUGUUAAAAAUAAAGCAGGUUAAUCUAA